CUGUUUAAUUUCUUAGUAUUUUUAUUACUUCUUAAAAGUUGUGUGUAAUUAUAAUUAUGCAUUACUAAUUAACAAAAUAGAUGUGAGGUGAUGAUACAUAAUAAAUAAAGUGAUGAUCGAACUAUAUAUAUAUAUGUUAUCUUUUUGUUGUCAAUAAAAAAAGAAAACAAAUAAGGUUUGGUCUAGUCCUUAUACACUUCUUCAUGAAUAUUGCUUGGAAACUAAGGAGCAAAAUUUUAAAAUAUAGUAACCUAUAUGAUUUGGAAGCUCCCACUUUACCAAACCCACUAUUUAAACAUAAUUAGCUCUCUUCAAAAUCAAAACUAAUAUAUUUUAUAUAUAAUAUAUAUAUAGAGAGAGAGCUAGAGAGAGAGAGAGAGUGAGAAAGAGAUUAUUAAUUAAACUACCCAUCUUGGGGUUUUAUAAUAUAUCUACUCCUAUAUAUUUAUAUGCACAAAAAACACACAAGAGAUAUAACUUAUUAAAAUUUGAAGUGCUUAUAUAUAUAACUAAUUAUUUAUUUUAUUUAAUAUCAAUUAUAAUUUUCAUUAUAUAGGUGGAUUAAUAGGAGGCAGCAGGCAUGAUAGUAUCAAAUAAUAAUAAUAAGGGAAGCCCAAAAAAACAAGAAGUGAGUAGAGAGAAUAAAGAUCAGAAGAUCAUAAUGAGUAGUAGUAGUGGUAGUAGGCCGACAAGCCCGAGGUUGAAGCUGUCAAAACACUUGAAGAGAAUCUACCCAAUUGGGCUUCAGAAAAGCUCAUCUUCUCUUUCCCUCUCCUCAUCCUUGUCCUUGUCUCUAUCGGAAGACAACUCCAACGACAGCUCUUCUCUUAAUGAUUUCGGUUCUCCCAUUGAUCACAAGAUUUCUUUGGCUCUCCGGCUCCUCGCUCCUCCUUAUGGCCGGAGAAGAGAAUUAGUUCCAUCUCCCAAAAAUGUUCAUGAACAUAAUCAUGCUGAUAUGGACCCAUCCGAGUGGAAGAGGUGCAACUGGAUUACUAAGAACAGCGAUAAAGUUUACGUAGCAUUUCACGACGAGUGUUGGGGGGUUCCUGUCUACGAUGACAAUCAGUUAUUUGAGCUGCUUGCAUUGUCUGGCAUGUUGAUGGACUACAAUUGGACUGAAAUUCUCAAAAGAAGGGAGUCACUCAGGGAAGCUUUUUGUGGGUUUGAUGUAAGCAGCGUUGGAAAAAUGGGUGAAAAGGAAAUUGAAGAGAUGUCAUCAAACAAAGCAAUCAUGUUGGCUGAAAGCAGAGUGAGAUGCAUUGUAGACAAUGCCAAAUGCAUAUUAAAGGUUGUUGGAGAAUUUGGAAGUUUCAGCAACUACAUAUGGAGUUAUGUGAAUCAUAAACCAAUGAUAAACAGAUACAAGUACCCAAGAAAUGUUCCUCUAAGGUCACCAAAAGCAGAGGCCAUAAGCAAAGACAUGUUGAAACGUGGGUUUCGGUUUGUGGGUCCAGUCAUUGUGCAUUCCUUUAUGCAAGCUGCUGGCCUCACUAUUGACCAUCUUGUCGACUGUUAUAGGCAUUACGAAUGUGUUAGCCUUGCCGAAAGGCCUUGGAGGCACAUUUAAUAACUUACCUCUCACUUCUCAUCCUAAAAAUAAUCAUAUAUUUUCAUGCAUAUAUAUAUAUGUAUGUGCCAGCCAGUAUUAAGUUUUCCAAAUUUCCUAGUAAUAAUUUAAUCCAUCCCCCACACCCACACACAGUUAUUAUACUUCAUCAUCACUAGCUUAUACAUAUACAUUAUACAUAUAUAUAUAUGAUAUAUCACUCAUAUUAUUAUAUGUGUAUAUAUAUGAAUUAAUGGAAGAAAAAAGAAAUAAUUAAUUAAUAUAUAUGUAUGUAUGUAAUUUAGGAUUUAAUAAUAUAUUUUUUAAAGCGAUAAAGAUGUACGUACAAUUGUUUUACUGUACAUUUGUAUGAAUAUGAUCGGCCGUCAUGUGGUCCUGCUGGUUUGAUCAUUUCUAGCUUUUUGUCUCUUUUUGGUUGUCCAAUAUAUCAUGAAUUCAAGAGUGGUUUUUUAUAUGAGAUAUUUGUAACUAAAAUAUAUAUAUAUAUAUAUGAACAGAGAUUAUUAUAAUUAUUCUAUAUAGUGAUGUUAAACAA